AUAAAAUUGAUUUACAGUUUACAAGUAAAAAAUUGUUAGAAAUUAAUGAAAUGUCAUCGACAGUAAUUAAAGAAACGGAAACUGAAAAUUUUAGCUUACGAUUAUCUGAAUCAUAUAUAGAUGAAACCCAAGAAAAAAAUCAAUUAAACAAUAUUGUUAUAAGCGAUUCUAGUUCUACUGAAAGUAUAUUUUCCUGUAAUCAAACAAACAACUUCAAACACAGUAUGAAAAUCCAAAAUCAAUUACAAAUGGGUAUAAAUAGAAAUAAAUUUGUUAUUGAAAAAAGUAAUCCUGAAAAUGAACAAACUAAAGUAUCACGAACUGUAGAAGAAUCUGUAGUUCAACAUAUAUCUUUAUCAGAAGAUAAAAAAAAAGAAAUAUUACAAUGGCUUUCAAAUAAUUUUGAUGGCUUUAUGUGUGAAACUUCCUACAGCCAGGAAAGUAUAAUUUCAAAAAGUAGGAAAAGUGAUACAAGUUCGGGAAAUAGCAGUUUAGAGCGCUUAGAAUUAAACUUUGAAACACCCAAUAAUCGUGGAAAAUUUGCAAAAUCCAAGAAAACAAUUAAAAAAAACUCUACAAAACAAAAUACACUUGACCAAUACUUUAUAAAAUUAAAUGAAGGACCAUUGAAUAUUAUAAAUGACUCAAUAGUUAUGAAUACAAAUUCUGAUAAAAUACCAAUAAGUAAUAUUAAAAUAAACUCAAGAAAACUAGUUGUACCAGAAUGUAAUCCUUUAGUUUCAAAUGUAUCCUUAGAUAAUAGUUAUAAUCAAAUAUCAAUCAGUAAAAUAAAACCAAAUUUAAAUACAAUAAUUAAUUGUACAAUCAAUGACUAUGCAGAUAUUUUAGAGAAUUUAUAUGGAAAAACUUGGAAAAAUAAAGCAAGUACUCUUAUAUCUUCCACCAAACCAAAACAAGAACAACGAACAAAGAUUUUAAAAGAUCUGCAAACAGAGAAAAAUAUAAUUCUAAGACAGUCUAGAUAUAAUAAUAAGUUUGAUGAUUAUUUAUCAAAUAACGAAAAUGAAAAUUAUAUAAAAACUUCAAUUCAAUAUAGUGAAACUUCAAAAAAAUCUAUAAAUAAAGAAUUGAAAGAUAGCUGCAUAAAUGAUGGUUCCAUAAUAGAAUGUAGUCUGAAUUGCUCUUACCAUACAGCUUUAAGUAAUUCUAUAGUAGCACAAAAUAAGCAAUUAAAAAUUAUAAAUCCUUUAACAAUAGAAGGAAAUGAUAAAAAUAAAACGACAUUGUCAGUUUGUGAUUCAAAUUUUGAUUUAGAUGUCAGAAACUGGGAAAGUAGAAAUAAUCAAAGAAAACUCAGUUUUCAUUCUACUAGUUCUAGUACAAGUGAAUUUGACCCAGAAGAGAGAGUACUACCAAAAUUAAUAGUAAAACAUACUAGAAUAAAAGAUUUGUCUAGUUCUCUAUCUAUUAAACCAAAAUUAAUUAAACAAUUAGAUGAACAAGAUACUAAGAAAAGUUUUUUGGCUUCACUAUCGAAGAAUGUCCCUCAUGAAAAUGCUGAUUGUAAAGCAAUGAUAUAUAGAAUUAAAUACAAUAUUAUGAAGGAAGAAUUAUGUAAGGAUUUAUAUAAAUUAUUUAAUGAGCAAGUUUUUGAUAACAAAUUACCAAAUGACAUGCUCAUAGAAUGGAGCACUCGAUUAAGAGGUACUGCAGGAAAAUGUUAUAACAAACAAUCACUUAAGACUUCCAAAAAAACUGUUCGAUCUUCAAGAAUUGUUCUAGCAACAAAAAUUUUAGAUUCUCCUGAUAGAUUACGAGAUACUUUAAUUCAUGAAAUGUGUCAUACAGCUACAUGGUUAAUAAACAAUGUUUCGGAUGGACAUGGAAGUUUUUGGAAAGCAUGGGCAACUAAAGCAACAAAAGUCUUUCCAGAAUUGCCACCUAUUUCUCGAUGCCAUAAUUAUGAAAUUCAAACAAAAUAUAUGUAUAAAUGUAUUAAUUGUGGUUAUAGUAUUGGCAGACAUUCCAAAUCUUUAGAUCUUAACAAAAAACGAUGUGGUUUCUGCCAUGGGGUAUUCGAACUUCUAAUAAACAAGAACACAAAAAGUGAAAAAAUUAAAAAAAAAAGUACAUUUCAAACAAAACAACUUUCUGGCUUUGCACUUUAUGUUAAAGAAAACUAUCAAUCAGUAAAGCAAAGUAGAAUUGCUAUUAAACAUGGUGAAGUAAUGAAAAUAUUAAGUAAACAAUUUUCUGCUAUUAAAAUAACACAAAAAUCAAAAGAACAUAUCAAUGAAACAUGA